GAUGGCAAUAAGGUAAGUGUUUGUUUGUGGAUCUGAGGGAUACUACAUCUGGGUUCGAAGAGAAGCUCCCACGGAUUCUCAGACCGGUGACCUCCAACCUCCAAACCUCCCCUCCUGCUCACCCCGGGGCCAGGCACCGAGUUGUGCCCCAUAGAUCCUCCCUUCACCCUACCCCCAGGCCGGAGCUGGUGAAGAGGUAUCCUCCGUCCCGGCUGAGGCUCAGGCGGACAUGGUAAAGAUUCGCCGGUCGCUUGGCACCGCCUUACAGGAUCUUUCUCCCACGCCACAUCCAUCAGAUGCCCAGGCGGCCAACUCGCGCUGAAAAGGAUAGCGCCCUCCCUGAGGUAUUUCACGGCUCUGGACUACAUUUCCCAGGAGCCAUCGCGUCGAAGGCUACUUCCAGUCAACCUGGCUUUCUGUCCAGGUUGCCAGAGCUGGGCACCCGUUUGCGGAGGAAGAGCAGCGUGGGGGUCUCAGUUGAGGCUUGCGUUCUAAACAUCUCUUGGGACUUGUCGAAGUUUUCGGUUACAGAUGUGCACGGUGUAGGGCGACCGUGUUUGCCGAGAGAAAGGACGGCGUCCAAGACCAAGGCCUGUGAAUUGAGACUGUCAGUCUCUGGGCUCUUAAAGGCUGUCCAGGUUCCGGACUACAUUUCCCAAUGUUCACCGUACCCGAGGCAACGUCCAGUCCGCGCACCGGCCCUUUGAGGGCCAUAGAAGGGAUCGCGCGCAAGUCCCUGCGGAACACUCAGCGGGGGCCGCAAGGUCAGCUCUGCUUUCUCAGGGCUCUGCUUCACCAGGAGAGGAAUCCAGAAGACUGAUCGACUCUUGGAAUUUUAAGUCAUGGCCCACCAGUUGGUGGCGCUCAGGGAUGUGGCUGUAGACUUCUCUCAGGAGGAGUGGGAGUGCCUGGACUCGGAACAGAAGGAUUUGUACAGAGAUGUGAUGUUGGAAAACUACAGCAACCUGGUCUCACUCGGACUUUGCAUCUAUCAGCCAGAUGUGUUCUCUUUACUGAAGAAGGGGAAAGAGCCCUGGAUGGUUUCGAAGGAUAAAACAACAGGAUCUUGCUCAGAUGUGCAGUCCAGGUAUCAGACCGAGAAGUUAUCACAAAAAAAUGGCGUUUUUGAGAGAGAAUUAUCUUCAUGGGAAAUAACGGAAAUGUGUAAAAACCACAGCCUCGAAUGUUUAUGUUUUAGAGGUGAUUUGGAAAGCAAAGGUCAGUUUGAAACACAGCAGGAAAAUCAAGAAGAAUGUUUUAAGCAGGUUAUAUUCACCUAUGAAAAAAUGUCCACUUUUAACCAGGACACAGCUUUUAAUCUACAACAGAGACCUAAUACAGAAAAGAAACUGAAUGAAGUUAAAGGGUGUGAGAAAGCCUGUUGUUCUGGCUCAGAUUGUACUCAACACCAGUUAAUUCACACUGGUGAGAAAUUUUGUGAAGAUAAGGAGUGUGAGAAAACCUUUCUUCCUGACUCAGAACUCACUCCAUGUCAGACAAUUCACACUGCUAAGAAAGUAUAUGAAUGUAAAGAAUGUGGGAAGGCUUUUAGUUUGCGUUCAAGUCUUACUGGUCAUAGGAGAAUUCAUACUGGUGAAAAACCUUUUAAAUGUAAGGAAUGUGGAAAGGCCUUUAGAUUUCAUUCACAACUUAGUGUCCAUAAGCGUAUUCAUACUGGUGAAAAAUCUUAUGAAUGUAAGGAAUGUGGGAAGGCCUUUAGUUGUGGCUCAGACCUUACUCGACAUCAGAGAAUUCAUACUGGUGAAAAGCCCUAUGAAUGUAAGGAAUGUAAGAAGGCCUUUAGUCAGCGAUCACAUCUUACUAAACAUCAGAGAAUUCACACUGGUGAAAAACCUUAUGAAUGUAAGGAGUGUGGGAAAGCUUUUACUCGUGGCUCACACCUAACUCAACAUCAGAGAAUUCAUACUGGUGAGAAAUCUCAUGAAUGUAAGGAAUGUGGAAAAGCCUUUAUUCGUGGUUCAAAUCUUGCUCAACAUCAGAAUGUUCAUGUUGGUAGGAAACCCUAUGAAUGUGAGAAAUGUGGGAAAGCCUAUAUCUGGAGUUCACACCUUGCUCGACAUCAGCGAAUUCAUACUGGUAGGAAACCUUAUGAAUGUAAGCAAUGUGGGAAGACUUUUAUUUGGGCUUCAUAUCUUGCUCAACAUGAGAAAAUUCAUAAUGAGAGGAAACUCUAUGAAUGUAUGGAAUGUGGGAAAACCUUUCUCCAUGGCUCAGAGUUUAAUCGACAUCAGAAAAUUCAUACUGGUGAGAGAAACUAUGAAUGUAAGGAAUGUGGAAAGACCUUUUUUCGUGGUUCAGAACUUAAUCGGCAUCAGAAAAUCCAUACGGGAAAGAGACCAUAUGAAUGUGAAGAAUGUGGAAAAGCCUUUCUCUGGGGUUCACAACUUACUCGUCAUCAGAGAAUACAUACUGGUGAGGAACCUUAUGUAUGUAAAGAAUGUGGAAAAUCUUUUAUCUGGGGUUCACAGCUUACACGACAUAGGAAAAUUCAUACUGAUGCAGAACCCUAUGAAUGUAAGGAAAGUGGCCAGAUCUUUAGUCACUAUUCAUAUUUUACUGAAGAGAAAAUUCACAAUGGUGAGAAUCUCUAUCAAUGGAAAGACUAUGGGAACACCUUUAGUCAUGACUCAGACUUUGCCCGACACCAGAAUAUUUACACUUUCAAGAAAUCCUAUGAAUAUAAUGAGUUUGAGACAGCAUUUUCUCCCAGCCCUAACUUUAUUUCACUCUUGUGAAAUCUUAUGGUACAAAAAUGUAGGAAAGGCUUUGUUCAUGACUCCUUAAUUGAUGUCAGUUAAUUCCUUCUUUUGAAAAACCCCAGAAGUGUAGGUAAUAUUAGGAAACCCUUUGACAUAGCACACAACACACUGAACAGCAGAGAAUUCAUAAUGCAAUCUAUGUUAAUACAGGAAGAUAUUUAUGGAUUGGUUGUCAGUUAUAUAUGGAAUAUAAGGGUAAAACCCUACAAAUGAGAUGAUAGUGUGAAUUCCUUUUGAAUCUUUCUCAAAACAUUUUGACAUCAUUGAUAUUAUGCUGCAUAGAAUUUAAAUCUAACUCAAAUGGGAAAUCUUCCAUCACUACUUAAAC